CUCAAAGAUUUAAAAAAAAAUAAUGCAGAUGUUGGAUAAUUCCAAUACUAUACCUGCUAUACCUAGAUCUAGAAACAAUGACAAUUAUGGUAUAUCAGAAAUUUCAGAUAUAGAAAGUAUCGAAAUACAGAAAGAAGCAAUUGUUGUAUUUGAUUGGGAUAACACAUUAAAAGUCAUCACUAAAGAGAGAAAAAUAUCAAGUAGUGUUAAGGAAUCCUACUUGGAGGCUUUAGUAAAGAAUUUGGGCUGCAGGCUUUUCAUUUUAAGUGCAAUACAACCAUCAAGAACCAACCUUGAGACUCUGCUGCUAGAGGUGGACAGGGUGGGCCUGAGAAAAUAUUUCUGCCCUGCGUGCCAGAAGGCACAGGCUGAGAGCCAACUUGCCUGCUGGGAGUGCCAGCAUAGACCAGAGAUCCAAGUAGGGAGUGGUAGCUACAAGUACGUCUGCUGGGGGAACAUCGUCAUCUGCGGCUAUGACAAGGCAGAGGUGUUCCAACUCCUCACUAAGCAGCUCAAGGGAGAUAAUGUUGUCUUUUUCGAUGAUGAAAAAGUCAACAUUCUCAAUUUUCAUCAAUUACUUGAACAUAGUUUGUGUUUUUUAGUUCACAAAAUAGAAAACGUCACUGUAUAAUCAAUAUCACAAAACAUAUGGAUAUUUUAAAACCCUUAACCAAAUCUUUUUCUUUAAAUUCUGCAUGUUUGUUUAUAAAAUAGUAAAUUAUAUUUAUUCAUUAUUUUUAUUUAAUUAUACAGUUUAUAUAAUGUUAUUUAUUUAUGGUUAUACACAGAUUUAGGAAUUGAUUA